AUGGAAGGGGGUUGGUACGGCGGGCUGGCGGAGCUGAUGAGGCGGCCGGCGGUGGUGGAGACGCUCGUCGAUCUGCUCCUCUGCGCCGUGCCGAUCUGGGUGGCUGUCAUGAUCGGCCUCGUCAUCGGGUGGUCGUGGCGGCCCCGGUGGACGGGUCUCGUCUUCCUCGGGCUCCGCAGCCGUCUUCGUGUACCUUGGUUUUGGACAUUUCCCUUGGGGUUCGGCGCUCGCCGCCUCUGGUUCGCCUUCACCGCGCUGUCUGCGUUUUCCGUCUGUCGCCGUUUGUGGGCUAAUUUCAAUGGGAAAGGAUACUCCUCCACCGCGGUGGCCACCACUUCCGAUUCACCCGACGCGGAGAUGGUACAUUCGGUUGACAGCCAUGAGUUCAGGUGAUUCCAUACUCUGCAAAUCCUUUUAUUGUUAAAUUAUAUGGCUUGCUAAUUAAUCUUUUAUUUUUCAAAAAAAAUCCAAAAAUUAUAAUCUUAUGCUGGCAUGGAUGAAUAAAUUAAGAUGGUCAUGGAUGGGUCGGAGGCUGUUUUGGCAUCUUCUUGAGGAGUUGUUCUAUGGGAUUGUUUCACAGAUUCCGUUUGAAGAAGCCUACUGUAUCUUACUCCCAUUGCAAUCUAGGACCAUUAAAUAAAAAAUAUUCGAACGAUUUUCAAUCCUUGUUUGCCUCGAAUGUGGUGUACUACUACAUUAUCGCAUUUAAUUAUUAUUUCUUUUAGUGAUCAAUGAGUUAUCAUGGGUGCUCAUUAAUUGUGAAGGAUCGAGGGUCAAAUAUUGUAUUUUUGUCACUAUUUACAGAUCAGAGAUUUUUUGGUAUCUUUCCGGAAAUAUUAACCAAUUGUGUUGUCGGGAUCUUUGUCUGACGCGUGUCAAAUAUGUGUUAUGUUUCCUGGUAUCUUAAGAACAUUUUCUGUCCGAAAUAUGGAAAAUAUUUCAGAUAUCUGUGGUAAGUUUUUCAAAAGAUUAUGACUACCAACAAUCCUUCACCCUAGCCAAUGUUUUUAGAUGAUAUUUUGAAUUAUAUAAAAUAACCGUCAUUUUACGAAGCAGCUCUAUCCACAAAGUGACAAAAAGUGUUCGGCAGAAAGACUGGCUGAACAUCUGUGCAACCUCAGUUCUUUGGAAUAUUCGGGUGUAGUUGAAUACAUUUCACCAGUAAUUGUUUUCUGAGUUUGCAUUAAACGCUGCAGCUAUGAUUUUGAUAGAUCUAGUUGAAGAUCUUUUGGAGCAGGUAGGUUAUGAACUUGCCAAGUCCGGUCGUACUGUUAGUACACGAGGUAAAGUUAGGGAGUAUUAAGUGAGUUCUGAAGACAAAAGAGGAAAAAGUUUCUUUUGUUACAGAAUAUUUAGAUAAAGGAUUAAGGUGCCUCAGAAUAUUCAAGCACUAGAUUAAAUUUAUAGAAAACAAUGCUCAGUUGGUACUUUUGAGCCCUACAAUCCUCUUGAGGUAAUUUUUUUUUUUGGGUGUUUUGGAAGCCCUAUGGUUCUUACGAAGAAAGUGUGUCACAGUGGGGAUUUCGGUGCUGACAAGUAUCAUGAGGAUGGCUAACAAGUCCAUCAGAAAGUGGGUUUUGUGAAUGGAUGUAUUUGGAAAUUUGACAGUUAAUAAUAGACUAUAGCGGAUCAUGUUUUGCUUUUCCACAUACACUGGGAAUGAGCAAUCAAACUCAACCAUUUGAUGGCUUCUUUUUAUGAGAAUUAAAUUCCCAGGUACUUAUGUGGUAAUAUUUAACUCUACAUAUCAGCUGUUCUUAGUAAAAAAAUAGGCAAAAGAAAGGGAAGUCCUUCAUGAUUUGGCAUCUGUUUAUUGUAUCUAUUUCUUUUUAUCAAAAUCCUGUCUAGAAGUUGUUGGAUAGUCUUCUGUUUUUCAUAAAAAAACACUAAUAUUACUUUUGUGGUGGAAACAUGGCAGUGUAUAACACAUUCCUCGAUAAGGGUAUCCUGUUUCUUUGCUUGUUUUAAAGACGUAUUGAUGGACAAUAUUGAUUAUAUCAACUUCUGCCCUCCUUCCCUGAAUGCACAUGUUUAAACUGCUAUCAAAACAUAGAGCUCUAACCUGUCAAUGAUCCGGUUAGUCUUUUUGAUUGUGCCUUCUCUGUUGAGCGGAGAGGUAACUCAGCGAGGUGCGUUGUGUUACCUUGAAGAUGUUAUCUAGGGUAGGGAUGAUUCUUAUUAGAUAUAGCUGAUCUGAGAUUGAUUGAGUUUCUACUUACGAUUUCAUUGCAUUCUUUUCACUUUUAUUGAACAAAGUUUAGCACCUACUUUUACUUUCUUUUUCCGUUUAUCUUUAUUUUUAGCCAUUGACAUCGCAGUACCUUUUGUAAGCUUUAUUUGUCUUUUCUUGGCCUGCAAUUUCUACAGCAGUGCCAGUCAUACAGAGGAUGUGUGCGAUGCUGUGACAGAGAAAGACUUGGAGCGCUUUUUGCUUCUUUUAGAUAAUAAAGCUGGAGAUGCAGUUUGGCAUCAUUUGAUGGAGCGCACUACACAGAGUAUGACUUACCAGGCAUGGCGUCAUGAACCUGAGGUGGGCUUUUACUUGUAGAGAACGCUUGUUUUGUUCUAUGGUGGAACAUGAGCUUCGAACAUUUUGCUCCAGUUUAUUCCCUCAUGAAAUUAGGGAAUUUCAGAUGAUGUGUUCUUAAAGAGAAGAAGAAAAGGUUAAUUGACUCUCAAAUUGACAUCAAGAUGAGCCAGCCUAUGUGGUGUUAUGCUAUUCUAUGGCGGUUUCCUAGCAAGAACCCAUGAAGCUGCUUAUUGUACACCUUUGCUUAAUAUUGUAGGGGAGAAUUGUUUGGUGCCAUUUACUGUCUAGUUUUGAUGAUACGUUGCUAGAAUACUAAGGAGUUUGAUACUAGCUUCAAAUGGCAAAUGCUCUUCUUGUGGGUGGGUUAGCCAAUUUCUAAGAAGAGUUGCUAGUAUUUGGCUGUGUCACAGAAUUGGGUGAGGAAUUGACUUGGCUUUAAACCCUUAUCAAGGCUUACCGAGUGAAUAGGCCCAAAUUUGAUUUAUGAAAAGUGGAUCGGACGACUCUACGUGAUUUCAUAACAAAAUUUGUCUCUCUUUCUUUCUUUCAUUCUUUUUAUUCAAAGGGGUAUUCGCUUUUCUGUUCUAAGUUGAACUGUGUGCCUUUUAAGGGUCCUGAAUUGGUGAAGGCUUCAUCUAGUCAUACCUCGUCGGUGUGGAACAAAAUAAACCAAUCAGAUUGUUAUCUGGAAUAUAUGGUUGGUUUCAUGAUGGAACGAGCUUAUUUUUCCUCAUUUUUUUUUUUCACUUUCAUAGGGGUGAUCUGUGUUUCCCUUUUCCUAUUAGAUUGGGAGUGGCUAUGAAUCACAAUUAUUUAUAAAAAAAUGUAUUUUUAUUCCUGAAUAUUAAAUUUAUUUGAUGAUGAUUAAUUUGUUUCUGAUUCACAUUUAAGAUUUUUGGUUUUUAUAAGUGUUUACCACCCUAUAUUGAAAAGAGACGAAAUAUGUACAUGUGAGUAAAUCAUUGUCUUAUACCAGCAAGGUCUUGUAAUAACUUAUGAAACCUAACAACCAGAGAGGUACUCAAUCGCCACUUGCAAUCUUACCCAAUCUCACCUAGACCUUCAUCUUUUCACAAACUCUACUUUAACACUCGAAGAUGUGCCGCUCUAUUUAAAUUGAAGUGUUGGAUGUAAUAACACCUAAUAUGUAUUUUUUGUGAAUUGGUGAAUUCAGGUAUCAUUUCCUGUUCCCCUAGCAUAUUGGGUUUCCUUUUUGGAAAAAUAUGUUGUGGGAAUGGUUAAUUCCAGAGCCUGCUGUAAAAUGCACUGAAGAAUUUUAGUUUAACUUUUUUUUCCUCAUCUAUCUACACAGUCCUUUGUUGUAUUCUGAGAAUACUUCGUGAAUAUGUGGCGUCUGCGUUUAGAAAUAAUAGCCGUCAUUAUAUUUUAGUUUUAAGGGAAUUGGUUUUAUUUUUUGUUAUUUUCAGUUUGAGUACAAGAUGGCUUGAUUUUGACUUUUUUUCUCCUCACCUGUGAGUUUUUUAAUUUUUGACCAUAACUAUUCUGAAACACUGUUAACCGUUUCUGUGCAUAUUAUGAGUUAUUUUUUAUUUCGUCGUUUAGCAUGCACCAUCAUGAUCACAUUCUAUCCUUUUAGAUUUCUUUCUGUAUCAUUAACUCCUUGAAGCGGUAUUUGUUCCUUGUUGACUGUGAUUUCCUACUCUUCAGGUGGGCCCUGUGAUAUAUCGCAGCAGAACUGUUUUUGAGGAUGCUACUCCUGAAAUAGUUCGUGAUUUCUUUUGGGACGAUGACUUUCGGCUCAAGUGGGAUCCCAUGCUUUCGUAUUUUGAACUUUUGGAGGAGUUCCCUUGUACAGGGACGUCAGUUGUUCACUGGAUAAAAAAGGUGCGUAGAAAUUUCAUCCUUGUUGCAGAUUGUUUUUUAUUUUGUCUGGAGUCUUCACUACUAUUGUUUGAUAACUAAAUCUCUCGUCUCAUGCAAUUUGCAGUUUCCUUUCUUCUGUAGUGAUCGAGAAUACAUCAUAGGUCGACGUAUAUGGGAGUCUGGGAAGACCUACUACUGUGUAACAAAGGUGUCUAGCUUAAUAACGUAUUCAUUUGGUGAUGUGUAUGUUUUCUUUGAUAUAAUUCUCUCGUGGAAUUAGUAAAUAAGUGCUUGUUCUACAUUGGCCUUGGUUGAUUGGCAAUGGUUUGUAUUGCAUCAAAUCUAAGUUCCUCUUUUGUUCCAAUUUGCCAUUAGUAAGCUAUGGACUAGAGAAGGGAAUUUUGCAAUCUUUAUUCAUCUGGAGCAACAAGUGGGCACUAUUUAAAGGAAAACCAGUCUGCCUAGUAUCCCAAAGUCUGGGUGUAAGAGGGAUUCUCGAUUUGCAAUUGAAGAAUCUCUGUUAACAUUUAUUUCAAAUAACUCAUACGAUCUAAAUUGUUAGGUUCUCUCGAAAGAACGUGACAAGGAUCAUUUUGAUAACUUGGCAGUGUAUGGAUAGCCUGGAGAAUUAUAACGACUGCAGGGAGUACUUUGAAAUAGUAUUAUUACGCACUGUCAAAAGCUUUUAAUUAUAUAGGGAAUACUUUUCAUUCACCCUGGCCUUUAUGUAGGAACAAUGGGUGCCGAAAAUUCUCUCAAGUCAACCCAUGGGUUCCCCUGGUAAAGUUUGAAUUCAGACGUCACACUUUUCGUUUGUAUGAAGUUUGAAAAAGAGCGUUUUACCAAGUCUAACUCAUGAGAGAGAUUGUUCCCUUAAUUUCCUGGCUUCACUCCAGGAUAGAAAAAGAUUCAACAGAAACCUGAGCAGGGGGGUAGCAGUUCUUUUUUUUUUCUUGUUUGUAUUUCCAGUGCAUGGCGACUAUGCCGAUAAUACUAUUUUCCCUUUUUCAUUUUCUGGGUUGUAUCCAAUUAUAUUUUCUGAAUCGAUUUCUAGGCAUGCCUAUGGUUUUAUUUUUAAAAGAGAUGCUUGAAAGCCUAUAGAAAAUUUAAACCAUGAUGAUUUGGCAUAGGGACAGGUGGUGCAAGAGUAUCCCCUUCAAGAAGAUUUUCAAAUGCACUGGACAGUUCAAGACCUUAUGUAACAUUGGUUGUUGCUUUCGAUCAUACUGCUGUAGGAGGCUGAUGUUGGUGACAAAGAUUUAGAAGGAACAUUAGAGAUGAAAUUGUGAAUGUAGCAAUUUGAGGGGGGGGGGUAUGUUUUCUGAAAGAGAUGUGUGGAGGAAGAAGCUUGUUCUUUAAGCGCUCCUUUUCACAGUAAAUAGGACUGAAAUGCUUGAGGAUGAUGGGCACCAGUUUACAACAUCAUGAAGCUGUUGUGAGGUAGCUGGGUUUUGUACAGGGACUGAGUAAUUUUGUGGUACAUGGCUCACGUGACCCUUGAGCCACUUGGUAGGAAUGAAGAAUUGCAUAUUUGGUACUAAGAGCUGCCCAGUUACAGAGUUUUUCUUACUUUUCAGGGGAGGAAGAGACGGUUUUGCCAGGGGGAGAUGUGACAAAUUGAGUUUUGUGAGAUGCGGGUUUAUAGAGCAGGAUAAUUUUUUUUGUUCAGAUUCUUUCUUCUUUUGUGGAGGUUCUCUUGUCCAAGAGUUUAGUGCAUACAUUUUCAAUCUGAAUGACUGCAUAGCACUAUUCUUCUUGACAAGAAAAAAUAUGUUAAAAUGUGUGUAUAUUAUUACGUUGACUUUUUAACGAAUAGGAUUUUCUUGAAUUAUACGUGGAAAGUUGAAUAUGUGUGGUAGUCAUUGAAAACAUUGCAAGUAUUGAGGUCUCCUAAACUAGAAUAGAUUUCUGGUUUUUCUGGCCCUGCAUCUAACUUUGUGGCUUCACCCAAUUAAAAUCUUGCGCAUGCUAAUGCUGACUUCAUUACCUUGAUUCACAGGGAAUUCAACGUCCAUCCUUACAAAAGAAGGAGAAGCCUCGGCGCGUGGAUCUCUAUUUCUCAAGCUGGCGCAUCAGGGCCGGUAGGUAUCAUCAUGCCUGGGAAUCUGAUUUCUUGUCAUCGUCUCAAGCUGAAUUCUGGACAGCCACAAAAUGCAAGGAGUGUGGUGCUUUAUAAUAUUCCGAGAGAAAAUGUUUUGGUCAAGUUGCUCAUCAGCCCGAAGGAGCGAUAGUCAUCUGACUUCUACCCUCCAUUGGCAUCCAACUUGGUCCUUACCCUCUCAUAAACAAGGGAAUGAUUAUAGUAACAUCCAUCCGCCAAAAGUUUUCAAGGCAGUCGGCAUAAAUUAUAAGCAUACUUGGAGAGAAAAAACGGACUUCCACAUAGUUCUUGACAGCAAUGAGUUCCUGUUAUUUGUAGAAGUGUACCCCAUAAGUGAUCUUGUUAAUUUCUAAAGUGGUUUGGGCCUGGAACUGGUAGGCCAAGCUGUCCCUGAUGGGUUUUCCAUCUAUCUUAGUUAGCUCUUCUAAAAUGUAGAUGUUCCUAGUAUGGUCUAAUGAACGCUGUAUCCUUAUCUAUUCUUUACAAGAAAUAUUGUAUCCAUAAAGCUUGUCUUUAUUUCUGUUUCUCCACCCAUAUGGUUAUUGAUAUGGCACUUUAGAGCUUGCUGCAGAGUUUAACUGAUGAAUUGACAUUUUGUGGUCGGUGUCAAGAAUUAGAAUCAUGACAUCAGAGUAGUGUCUUGCUUGUUUCAGUCGCGCAUCAUUCACAUAAACAUACAAACAAUGUCCAGGGUAACUGACAUGAAAAGAGGGCAGGUAAGAUUUACGGUGUUUAACUUACAAAACUGUGGAACUGGGUUUUUCGGUUUAUCUGUCUUAGUCAUGCUAUUUAAUGGUUAGAUUGUUGAAAGCCAUAGCUAUUUAUCAUGCUCGGCCAAGUAUAGAGAAGGUAUAAACUCAUUUCAUAUUCUUUGCUUUUUGGUACGUGGAUGGCGAUUGAAUAAUUGGGUCUAUGAAAUAUUUAUAUCCUCAUUCAAAGUCAGAGAAAAUAUCCUAUUCAUGGUGGUGCAGGCAUUGAUGGUGUGCUUAUCCGAAUCCCAGAUUUUUGGAUAUCUUCGUUUUGUAUUUUUUUGCAAGCUUCGGAAAAUGAAUGCUACAUCGAUCGAGCUAUCAUCUGAUUCUUACUCAUGCUAAUGUUGAGAUUUAUUGGUCUCCGGUUGACCCAUUUUCCCCUUUAAUAGUAAGAGCUAGUAAUCACUGAGUUUUCCAUCGUGUUUUCCUAAUUGUUGUUGUUGUUGUUGUCUACACUCGUGUUUAAUCCCAGCUGAUGUUCAUAUUUAUGGUGGGCAAAUGCAGUGGAGUCCUGCAAACAAGAUGGCCAGCAAACUGCUUGCGAGGUGACGCUCGUCCACUACGAGGACAUGGGAAUUCCCAAAGAUGUAGCCAAGGUUGGGGUUCGCCACGGCAUGUGGGGGGCGGUGAAGAAGCUCCAAUCUGGCGUGCGGGCCUACCAGCUCCAGAGGAAGAUGGACUCCCCCUUGUCGAGGAGUGCCCAGCUGGCGCAGCACGCCACGAAGAUCCCGCACUCCGGCGGGCAUCUCCUGUGCCCCGAAGCCGAGCCGCCCGAGAUUGCCGGUGGCGUCCGGGCGGUCUCCGGCGGGAGGGGAGGGCAAGGGAUCGACUGGAAGUGGGUCGCUGUUGGCGGCGCCAUCGCCGUUGUCUGUGGAGUUAAGACCGGGGUCAUCGGGAAGACUCUGCUACUCGGCGCUGCCAGGAGGUUGGCAAGGAGGUGA